ACCAAUGAGCAGCCGCCAUCUCUAUUCUUCCGCACAUUCACACAGUGUGGUUUAGGGCAAGCAGACUGGAACACGCACCUGCCCGCCGAUAUCUGUGCACCCAAGGAUUUCCUGGCCCCCCUCCCCAGAUGUAGAAGGAGUUGGCAUCUGCAGCUGCUGUCUUCACAACCCUUGCAGUGUCCCCCGAAAUUGUCCACCAUGCGCGAGUACAAGCUAGUGGUACUGGGUUCAGGAGGCGUGGGGAAAUCUGCCCUGACGGUCCAGUUUGUGCAAGGUAUUUUUGUGGAGAAGUACGACCCAACAAUCGAAGACUCCUACAGAAAGCAAGUGGAAGUCGAUGGACAGCAAUGCAUGCUAGAGAUAUUAGACACAGCAGGAACCGAGCAAUUCACGGCCAUGAGGGACCUUUACAUGAAAAACGGCCAAGGUUUUGCUCUGGUUUACUCCAUCACAGCACAGUCGACGUUUAACGACCUGCAGGACCUUCGAGAGCAGAUCCUGCGAGUAAAGGACACAGAGGACGUUCCCAUGAUCCUGGUGGGCAACAAGUGUGACCUGGAGGAUGAGCGCGUGGUCGGCAAGGAGCAGGGUCAGAACUUGGCCCGUCAGUGGAGCAACUGUGCCUUUUUAGAGACGUCAGCCAAAUCAAAGAUCAAUGUGAAUGAGAUUUUCUAUGAUCUGGUGCGACAAAUUAACAGGAAAACUCCAAUGGAAAAGAAGCCAAAAAAGAAGGAAUGCUGCACGCUGCUCUAAAGUCCCACCUCCAACUCCCCCAACACGCACACACAAUGUCACAAACAUUAGCUCCGGGCCAGGUGAGUGGGUGUUGAAAUCCCUUCGAUUCCAGCCAAGCGCAGGGCUCCACCGCCUACUGAGUACUAUAUUUUUAAUGAAUAUUUUAGGUUUAGUGUUCAGUUGUGUACUUGGACAUUAGUUUGGUUAGUAAGUGGUUCCUUCAGUUUGAAAUGACAGGCGGUAUUGGGAGCCCUACAUCACAAUGUGAUGUUAGACAACAUAACUCGUGAAUUUUCCUUACUGAUAGUCUAUUCGGCGCAAUGACUCCAUCUGCUGGCCAUGCUGUGUUACAGUCAUAUUUCAGUUUCCAUCCCAGAGAACAUCAUCAUCACAUUCCCUCUGCAUUAAGUUGUAAACCUCCCUAAACGAGGAAAUGUAUGUGUCUGAUUGGUAUCUAAUCCUUUUUGUGUAUAGACAAGUUUUUAUGUGUGACUCACAAAUAGCUGAAUAAAUCCCUAGGAUUAAUGCAAUGACACAUUUAUCUGAUGCAGAACCAUUAAAUGAAUAACGUCUCCCAUUGGCCCGGCCAACAUUCCAAGGAUUCUUUGAAAGCCAAAAUAUACUCGACUGCUUGUUAGAUGGAAAUAGUCGUCACAUUUUCCCCCAAAUACGUCUUUUUAGGGACAAUUCAUUUACGUAUGUUUUAUUCGAUCACAUUGACAUGUUUUAUACUGCUUAUGUUAAAAAUAUCCCUGUACAUAUAGACAUUUUUGGGAUUUCAACAUGUUCUGUUAAGUUAUACAAAACCCGAAACGAGUGAAGUUGGCACGUUCUGUAAAUCGUAAAUAAAAACAGAAAUACAUUGAUUUGCAAAUCCUUUUCAACUUAUAUUCAAUUGAAUACACAGCAAAGACAAGAUAUUUAAUGUUUGAACUGAGAAACUUAAUUUUUUUUUUGCAAAUAAUCAUUAACUUAGAAUUUAAUGGCAACACAUUGCAAAAAAAGUGGCACAGGGGCAUUUUUGUCACUGUGUUACAUGGCCUUUCCUUUUAACAACACUCAGUAAGUGUUUGGGAACUGAGAAGACCAAUUUUUGAAGCUUUUCAGGUGAAAUUCUUUCCCGUUCUUGCUUGAUGUACAGCUUAAGUUUUUCAACAGUCCAGGGUCUCCGUUGUCAUAUUUUACGUGUCAUAAUGCGCCACACAUUUUCAAUGGGAGACAGGUCUGCACUACAGGCAGGCCAGUCUAACACAUGCUGAAUGUGGCUUGGCAUUGUCUUGCUGAAAUAAGCAGGGGCGUCCAUGAAAAAGAUGUUGCUCGGGUGGCAACAUAUGUUGCUCCAAAACCUGUACGUACCUUUCAGCAUUAAUAGUGCCUUCACAGAUGUGUAAGUUACCCAUGCCUUGGGCACUGGUACACCCCCAUACCAUCACUGAUGCUGGCUUUUGAACUUUGCGCCUAUAACCGUCUGGAUGGUUCUUUUCCUCUUCGGUCCGGAGGACAUAACGUCCACAGUUUCCAAAAACAUUUUGAAAUGUGGACUCGUCAGACCACAGAACACUUUUCCACUUUGCAUCAGUCCAUCUUAGAUUAGCUCGGGCCCAGCAAAGCCGGCAGCGUUUCUUGGUGUUGUUGACAAAUGGCUUUCGCCUUGCAUAGUUGAGUUUUAACUUGCACUUACAUAUGUAGCGACCAACUGUAGUUACUGACAGUGGUUUUCUGAAGUGUUCUUGAGCCCAUGUGGUGAUAUCCUUUACACACUGAUGUCGCUUUUUGAUGCAGUACUGCCUAAGAGAUCGAAGGUCACGGGCAUUCAAUGUUGGUUUUCAGCCUUGCCACUUACGUGCAGUGAUUCCUCCAGAUUCUCUGAACCUUUUGAUGAUAUUACGGACCGUAAAUGGUGAAAUCCCUAAAUUCCUUGCAAUCGCUCGUUGAGAAAUGUUCUUAAACUGUUGGACAAUUUGCUCACGCAUUUGUUAACAAAAUGGUGACCCUCGCCCCAUCCUUGUUUGUGAAUGACUGAGCAUUUCAUGGAAGCUGCUUUUAUACCCAAUCAUGGCACCCACUUGUUCCCAAUGAGCCUGUUCACUUGUGGGAUGUUCCAAAUAAGGGUUUGAUGAGCAUUCCUCAACUUUCUCAGUCUUUUUGCCACUUGUGCCAGCUUUUUUGAAACAUGUUGCAGGCAUCAAAUUACAAAUGAGCUAAUAUUUGCAAAAAAAUAACAAAGUUUAUUGGUUCGAACGUUAAGUAUCUUGUCUUUGCAGUCUAUUCAAUUGAAUUUAGGUGGAAAAGGAUUUGCAAAUCAUUGUAUUCUGUUUUUAUUUACGAUUUACACAACGUACCAACUUCACUGGGUUUUGGUUGUGUACAUCCAUCUUGGGCAUUAUGUGAUUUUGCUACAGAAAGUAUGUAAAUGUUGGCCUUCGUACAUUUCUGUACUAACAAUGACAUCACUCUGCUAUACUUACAUGUUUUCAUGCAAUAUAUUUCCUAAGUGACUUGGUUUAAAGAGCCUGCAAGCCUUCCACGUUUCUCAUAAUUAAACUUCUGUUUUUGCAGAAUAAUACGGGGGCUAUCAGUAUUUUAUAGACAGACUGGGGGGAAUUCCUCUAACAUGUGUCUUGAAGAUAAAAAAUAUAUUGUACUAAGCCACCUCGAAUAUUGCUUGUUUCUCUUUUUCCAGCUUUAAUGAAUGAUUAAACUUCAGUACAUUUUUA